GUUCCUUCCUAGAAGAAUAUUAUGGUGUUUCUGGUCAUCUUCAUCUUCUUUCUUUUUUUAUUCUUCCUUUACCUCUUCAUUUGUUCAUAAAUUUCUUGCAUCAGACUAGUCUACCCAAAUAUUCAUCUCUAGUAUUUUGCUUUCUCUACCUUCUUCAAACUCGGUUGCACAAGAUCCUUCUUUUAUCACUUAUCAUGGCUUCUACUUCUUCCACUCCUCCCAAUCAGUGGAAGAAAUGGGAUGUUUUUAUUAGUUUUAGAGGCGACGAUACGCGUUAUGGUAUUCUCUCCCAUCUCUCUAAAGCCUUGAAGGACAAACAAAUCAAGACUUUUACGGACGAAGAGCUUCAUAAAGGGGAAAUGAUAUCACCAGAGCUCUUGAAAAUAAUUCGAGAAUCAAGUGUCUCAAUAGUCAUUUUUUCUGAAAAUUAUGCAGAUUCUCCAUGGUGUUUGGAUGAGCUUGUUGAAAUACUUAAAUGCAAGGAAGAAUCAGGACAAAUAGUUCUACCAGUUUUUUAUAAGGUAGAUCCAACUGACUUUCAAAAGCUUAUGGGGAAUUUUGGGAAGGCAUUUGCUAUUGCUACGCAUGGAGAAAAAGGCAGUCCACAAAAGGUCGACAACUGGAAGCGUGCUAUGAUGGAAGUAAGCAACUUAUCAGGAUGGGAUUCACAGAAUAUCAAGGAUGAGGCCGAAUUAGUAGAGAUAAUCGUCAAUGAUGUGUUGAAAAAAUUUAGUGAUAUGUCUAAAAGUGAUGAUUCUUAUGAUCCCAAAUUGAUUGGAAUUAAAUCGCGUGUGGAAAAAGUGGUGUGA